AUGUGCCCGCUCACCUUGGCCACCAGCGACUCCCCAUGCUACAACAGCAAUUGCCAAAAGUACAAGACCCAACAAGAACGACAGGAUUGCCGAGUUGCCGCCACGAGCUACUGCCAGACAAAGUGCCCCACCAUGACGAUGAUGGUGAACGGCGAGGAAGUGACCAUCCCAGUGGACAUGGCGACUUGCCAGGAUCGCGGCUGCAUCCAGCUGGGAUCCCUGAGCUCCAUCAGCACCACGACGGCCAGCGGGAUGCUGAACACGGAUCCAGGUGAAGCACCUGAGAGCGCCUUCGAGUUUCAGCCGACGAAGAUUAAGACCAUGGUGGGAGGAUUGGUGUCGGACAGCACCUGGGAAUAUGCGGGUGGCAAGCACAUCGCUGGCUUUUGGGCCUUGAACAAGCAGGAGCUCUAUUGCCCGACGGCCGGUGUCAACGACCCUGUGGCGGAUGAGUGGGAACGCCGUGCGCUGUGCUUGAUGGGCAUCGAUGCGGACUCCCGGGCGAAGCCGAAGCUGGACUGUCAGGAGGACGGCAUCCUCAAGUUCUCCGGCCUCUUCCAGCGGUCGCUGGGCGACGAGUUCGGCAACGCCAUCCGCGGAGAUAUCUCCAAGCUGACGGCCUCCUAUGGCGUGAUCAUCGUGUACUGCGCCUUCAUGCUGGGCAAGUGCGACGCGGUGCACAGCGGCGCCGCCAUGGCCUUCGUGGCGGUGGGCAUCGUCGGACUGACGAUCGCCUCCACCUUGGGAUUGAUGGGCUACUUCCAGGUGCCCAACGGUAACUUGAACAACAACCUCUACUUCCUGCUCUUGGGCUUGGGUGUGGAUGAUGCUUUCGUGUUGACCAGCGAGUACUUGACUCACAAACGCAACUCCCAGGCGGAGCUCAGUGUGCCGGAGCUCAUCGCGAGGACCGCCCGCACCGGUGGCAUCUCGGUGCUGAUCACCUCUGCCACAGACGCCUUGGCCUUCCUCGUGGGCGCCACCACGGUGCUCCCAGCACUCAGCUGGUUCUGCACCUACGCAGGUGUCUCGAUUGUCCUUUGCUACACCUUCCAGCUGACCGUCUUCUUGCCCUGCCUGGCCUUGAACGCCCGACGUACCGCCUCCAACCGCGUGGACUGCUGCUGCUGCUUCAAGGUCAAGGAGCGAGAAUUGGAAGAUCCCCAGGGCUGCUGCUGCUGUUGCUUGCCCAAGUCCGCCUUCAAGGGUGGCGUCCUGAAGAAAGGCCUGAGGAAGUUCACGGAGCACACCACCAAGCCAGUGGGACAGGUCUUGACCUUGAUCAUCUUCGCCAUCAUCACCGGGGUCGGCAUCUUUGGUACCACCAAGAUCUACAAGGACUUCAAGUUGGAGUGGUUCAUCCCAGACUCCUCCUACGUGAACACGUUCUUCGUGAUCAACCGAGACAACUUCGCCACAGGCACACCGAUCACGGUGAACUUCCCAGCCUCGCCGGAUGCCUUUGAGAUGCAGAGCAACCUCCAUGACGUCUAUGGAUAUCUGAACAGCAGCAGCCUCAUCAACCCUGAUGUGACUGUGGACAGCUGGUAUCAGGAGUUCAUGGAAUGGGCGACUGAGCCCAACCAGGCCGCAACUGCCAGCGAUAGCUUCACCCCCUCGCGCACGGCGGCCAAUGCGGUCUUCACGAACAAGAACCAAUUCUACACGGCCUUGCACUUGUGGUACCGCACCACUGUGGGUUCGCGCUAUCGGAAUUCCCUGCGGUGGAAUGACAAGGACUGCGAAGUGGAGAGCAGCAUGGACAACGUCCCCGCUGCUUGCACUGUGACGGAUGGGAUCAUGGCGAGCCGCUUCAAUGCGGAGCUUUCCUUGGCAGCCACUGACAGGGGCACCGACCGCUAUGACACCAUGACCAGCAUGAGGAACGAGAUUGCCGCGCGUCACACUGGCGCUUUUCCCUACAGCUUUGACUUCCUCUACUGGGAAGAGGUGGGCAUCAUCGAUGUGGAGCUCAUCAAGAACUUGGCGAUUUGCGGUGCGGUGAUCUUGGUGGUGAUCUUCGCGCUGGUGCCCAACCCUCGCAUCGCCAUUUGGGUGGUGCUGUGCGUGUGCUUGUCCAUUGUGGACACUUUGGGCUAUAUGUACUUCUGGGAUGUCACCAUCAGUGGCGUUUCCACGAUCUACGUGCUGAUUUGCGUUGGCCUGGCAGUGGACUACGCUGCGCACAUUGCUCACAUGUUCAAGGAGUCCACGGGGACGCCCCGGGAGCGCGCGAUCAAUGCGGUGGACCGCAUCGGCGUUUGCACCUUCAACGCAGUGCUCUCCACCUUGCUGGCCGUGGUGGUGGUCGGCUUCUCGGAGAGCUACGUCUUCCGCAUCUUCUUCAAGGUGCUCUUCCUGGUCGUGGUCAUCGCGGGUGCGCACGGCUUGUGGUUGCUGCCCACCAUCCUCUCACUGGCGCGGAAGACGGUGGAAGACGGUGGAAGACUGGGGUUGGAGAACAGAGGAAAAGGCUUUGAAGAAGCAUUGCAACAACCAAUGCUCAACAAAGAUGCCAGGUCGGUGGCUCCAAGGCGACCUCAGAGACCUACAACGCUGAUGCUGCUACUAGUGACAAGGCCUCUCGCAUUGCUGCUGAGGAAGCAGCCUAGAGGUGCCGUCGAGCGGUGCCUGGAGAACUUCUUCGAGAGAGUGGGUCGUGCCGUCGGGACCCAUCCGGCUGGGGCGCCCGAUGGCCUGGCCUGGCCGGGCCGGGCCGAGUUCGUUCGUCCCGUCGAGUGGUGGGCGAGAUCAAGAGCUUGGUGGGAAGCUUGGUCUUCGUGGUCGCCUGCGGUGGGGGGCUUUGCCUUCCUGAGCAGCGAGACCCGCCCAGAGAAGCAGUGGGUCUCCAGCACUUGGCCCGGCAACGCGCGCUUCAACUUCUUUUCCGCGACCUGUGCGGACGUCAGCGAAGAGCAGUGUGACAUCUUGCAACCCAAGUACCUGCAACGCUUCCAUGCGAUCAACGAGCCCUUCGGCCACCCCUCAGGGGCCCCGGGCUAUCGGCAGGUGAAGAAGAUCGUCAUUGAUGGCCGUUUCAACGGCGACCCACAGAGUGUCACUGGGAGACCACCCGAGGGGGCCGAGGUGUCCGACCACCGCUUUGGUUUGGUCCGGAUCGGCGGAGCGGCGGAGCGUCGGAGGGUUCGGUUUCCAGAGGUGAAUGGCUCAGUGGUCUUUAAUGGUCGCAAGUGCUACUCCUUUGGCCCUUUCUGUGGAAAGUCCACGGUGUUGGAUGUGCUGCUUGGAGAUGGAUAUAGCAUGGAGAGUCCACUCCAGGUCAUCAUUGGCAGUCUCGUGGAGGACUUUCAUGGAGCGCCGGAAGGGGAAAGAGAAGUCACCCUGUUGCUGCAGGCCUUGAAGGCAGACAUGGCGGUGGGUCAUUGUUCACGAGAGCUCGGGUUUAGGGAUGAUGACUAUAUCAUCUCCAACUUGACGAGCGAUCAAGUGAAGUUGGCCGUGAACAGCUGGGAGGCUCAGGAGACGAUGUGCCCUUUGACCUUGGCGACCAGCGACUCUCCUUGCCACGACAGCAACUGCCGGAGAUAUCAGACGACCUCCGAGCGACAACUGUGCCGUGCGACGGCUACCAGCUACUGCCAGAGCAAGCAGCUCGGUGUGUGGAUCGAGGUUGGACGUUGGUCGGCACAGGUGUUGCCGGCACAGCGCGCGCAGGAUCCCGGCGAUGCGCCCGAGAGCGCCUUCGAGUUUCAGCCGACGAAGAUCAAGACCAUGGUGGGAGGAUUAGCCUCCGAUGCUACGUGGGAGUAUGCCAGCGGAAAGCACAUCGCAGGCUUUUGGGCUUUGAACAAGCAGGAACUCUAUUGCCCGACGGCCGGUGUCAGCGACCCAGUAGCCGACGAGUGGGAGCGCCGGGUGCUGUGCUUGAUGGGCAUUGAUGCAGAUCCGCGAGCAGAACCCAAGUUGGACUGCCAAGAGGAUGGUAUUUUGAAGUUCAGCGGCCUCUUCCAGCGGUCGCUGGGCGACGAGUUCGGCAACGCCAUCCGCGGAGAUAUCUCCAAGCUGACCGCCUCCUAUGGCGUGAUCAUCGUGGUUUACUGCGCGGUGCCAUGGCUGCAAACGAGCAGUUUGUUUGAGUGUCAGCUGCUUGAACAGAUCAUGUUGGGCAAAUGCGACGCCGUGCACAGCGGAGUGGCCAUGGCCUUCGUGGCGGUGGGCAUCGUCGGACUGACGGUGGCCUCGACCUUGGGCCUGAUGGGCUACUUCGGUGUGCCCAACGGCAACUUGAACAACAACCUCUACUUCUUGCUCUUGGGCCUGGGGGUGGAUGAUGCCUUCGUUCUGACCUCUGAGUAUUUGACUCACAAGAGAGCAUGCAAGGGCGAAGUCUCUGUGCCGGAGAUCAUCGCCCAGACGGCGCGCACCGGCGGCAUCUCGGUGGGGGUGCUGAUCACCUCGGCGACGGACGCCUUGGCCUUCCUGGUGGGUGCCACGACGAUCCUCCCGGCGCUCAGCUGGUUCUGCACCUACGCAGGUGUCUCCAUCGUGCUUUGCUACACCUUCCAGCUGACCGUGUUCUUGCCGUGCUUGGCCUUGAAUGCCAAACGCCUUCAAGGGCGGAUUGAUCAAGAAAGGCUCGGGGUUUCGGGAGAGAAAGCCAAUGACUCUUUGGAGAAGUUCGGUGGAGAUGGCCGAACCAGCGGCUUAAGCCUCCGGACCUUCACAGAGCAAACGACCAAGCCGCUGGGCCAGGCCCGUCCCAUUCAGGUGCAACGCCCGCUCAGCAGUUGGGGGGCAAAUGUGGUGAGCAUCAACAUCACAAACAGUCGACCUUGGCCAAAGGCAAUUGCUGGAGCACCGGACAAAAUCCGCGGCAAACUUGUUGGGACUGGCAUCGUUCAGUGCCAUUUGGAAAUGGAUAGAAGUCGCAUCUUGGACCUAAAGAUGUCUUUAGAGUACAUCGGGGUGAUUAUCAAGAUCCCGAGUGAACAGAAGAUAUACGCCAUGUAUGUGAAGAACAAUCUGUGCCCCAGCAGCAGCAACGGCCUCGCCGCAGAGGUGCCCUGUGACGAUGACACCUCUGUGCAAUACCAAGCAGAGCAUUUCCCGGUCGAAGGCCUCAGCGGAUCCUGCCAAAAGGAUCACGACGACUAUUGGAUGGCUUUUGGAAACGGAGAAGUGACCAUUUGCUUCCCAGGUGCCUUGACCUUCCUGCUCUUCGCCAUCCUCACCGGCGUCGGGAUCUUCGGCACCACGCAGAUCUACAAGGAACGUGUGGCGCGGGACACGACGAACACGUUCUUCACGAUCAACAGCGAGAACUUUGCCACAGGUACGCCCAUCACCGUGAACUUCCCCGGUGACAGCUUCGAGCCGCUGGGGCUUGGGACGGAUCCGGUGUCCUGCGCGUUCGACGUGGCCGGCCGAGGAAAAAUGCUCGACCCAUUGCCACACACGUGGAUUGCCUCAGCCUUAGAGGUGAACAUUCAACUGGUGGUGCUGAUGCAGAGCAACCUGCGUGAGGUCUACGGGUACUUGAACAGCACCAGCCUGAUCAACCCUGACGCUUGUCUCGAGACGACGUGCGUGGUCUCGAGACGUCAGGAUGUGGCGGUGGACAGCUGGUACCAGGAGUUCAUGGACUGGGCCACCGAGCCGAACCAGGUGGCCACUGCGAACGACAGCUUCUCGCCCUCGCGGAGCGGAGCGACCGCGGUCUUCACGGACCGGAACCAGUUCUACACGGCCUUGACCGAGGGCUUGCUGGCCACGCGCUUCAAUGCUGAGCUUUCGUUGGCCGCCACCAACCGAGGCACAGACCGCUUCGACACCAUGACAAGCAUGAGAAGUGAGGCCAGACUCUGGGCGCUGGGGAAGAUGGCGGGAACGAUCUCGACGUCCCGCAUUUCUGCUCCGGUAAGCGCCAGACAGAGCGCGCGCGCGCAGGUGGACCGGCUCUACACGGGUGCUUUCCCCUACAGCUUUGACUUCCUCUAUUGGGAAGAGGUGGGAAUCAUCGACGAGGAGCUCAUGAAGAACUUGGCCAUUUGCGGUGCGGUGAUUUUAGUGGUGAUCUUGGCUGAAGUGAUCUUCGCCUUGGUGCCCAACCCGCGGAUUGCCAUUUGGGUGGUGCUGUGCGUGUGCUUGUCCAUCGUCGACACCUUGGGCUACAUGUACUUCUGGGAUGUCACCAUCAGCGGUGUGUCCACGAUCUAUGUGCUGAUUUGCGUGGGUCUCGCGGUGGACUAUGAGUCCACGGGCAGCGCACGGGAGCGUGCCAUCAACUCGGUGGAUCGGAGCCCUGGCGUCGAACCGGCGACCGUGGCUCCGUGGCACGGAGAACGUGGCUGGUUGGCUCGUCGUCAUGUGAUGUCCGUGACUGACCAGGGCUCUGGCAGCCAAUUCUUACGGGACGCCGUGGCGCCAAGGAUUGGGGUUUGUACCUUCAACGCCGUGCUCUCCACCUUGCUGGCGGUGGUGGUCGUCGGCUUCUCCGAUAGCUAUGUCUUCCGCAUCUUCUUCAAGGUGCUCUUCCUGGUCGUGACCAUUGCGGGCGCGCACGGCCUGUGGCUCUUGCCCUCCAUCCUCUCCUUGGUGGGCGGCUCGAAGCCUGCGCCCGAGCAGGAGGGCCCACGAGCUAUGGAGACGGAGCCCUCGGGGGGAUGGGUGAUUUGAGAACUGGGGCGUUUGCACUAGUGACAUCUAUAGUGACUGUAGUCAUGGUAUGUCAUGGUAGUGCGCAGUCAUUCAUCGUGCUUCUGCAGGUGUGUAUUAGCGUGUAUGUGUUUAAAUUUAAGGAGAUUUGCUGGCAGAGUGUUCAUGAAUCAAAGCUUCAGAUUGGCUGGUGUGGUGGUUCAAGGAUUUUUAACGGAAAGAUAGACUGGGGACACCGGAGCUGUGCCAAGACGUGUCUUUCGAAGAUGCAAUCGUGCAUGAUUCCACGGUGCGCCUUAUACCGCAUCCUUCGUUCACCCACUUGGUUGGUCUCAUACCGCCGAGCGCUCGUGCGUUGAACCAGUUGAUGUGGACCAGUUGAUCG